AUGAUGAUCGCUCUUGGUUUCUUGGGUGCAGCAAGCAUUCGUGUCUCAAAUGAGCUUGGAAGUGGGAAGUCUAAAGCUGCAAAGUUUUCAAUCAUUGUGACAGUGUCAACAUCUUUAGCCAUUGGACUAGUUCUAUUUGUAUUUUUCCCGUUCUUCCAUGGACAUCUAGCUUACAUCUUCACUAAAAGUCAAGAAGUGGCCAAGGCUGUCGCUCAUUUGUCACCUCUCCAGGCAUUUUCCAUACUCUUGAACAGUGUCCAACCAGUUCUUUCCGGUGUUGCCAUCGGGGAUGGACAGCAGAGCAGAGUAGCAUACGUUAACAUAGGAUCCUAUUACAUAAUAGGAAUCCUUGUUGGAGUUGUGCUUGGUUAUAUUAUCAAACUACAAGUUGAAAUAUCCAUUGCUCGUAGACGAGUUGAUAGAUGGUUUGUGGAAGCUGAAACUGAUACAAAUUCAGUCAACCGUUUGGUGAAAAAAUUUCCCCCUCGCAGUUGUUUCCCAUAUGGGAUGUGUUUCAUAAAAAAGACACAGAAUGAAGCCCAAACAUGGGAGAUAAUGCAGAUUGUACCUCAAUGCACAAAAGCAGUCUAA